AUGAGCUCGAUCCCUUCGCAGUCGGGCCAACAAGGACAGAGCACCGCUGCCAACGCCGCCGCCUCCUCCACCCAGCCCGUCGCUACCUCUCCGUCCCCCCUGGCUGCGACUGCACCGGCGCCGCCUAGGUCCUACGCCAACGCCACGAAGAAGUCCGCGACGGACUCGACCGCCGCUCCCGUCACCGUGGGCGGCUCGGCGCAACAUGGGAAGUCGACUUCCGUAUCUCCUGUGAGCGGCAACCCCAUGCAAAACCAACAGUCCCAGCAGCAGACCGCGUCGCCGGGCGUCACCAUUGUCAAUGGUGCUCCGACAGCGCCUGCUGCUGACCACUCGCGCAAGCCAUCCGUGACCAUCACGUCCGCCGGCACGUCGGGUUACAUGCCCAACGGAGGGCCCGCCAGCCGUCCCAACAGCCUGCAGUUCGGUUUCGCGAACCAACAGAGCUCGCCCAACAUGGGCAAUCCCGCCGUGCUUGCCGCCAACCAGACUCAGCCCGGCUUGGGGGUCGCCCCGUCGAUGAACCCCCGUGUUACCUCGCCGCAGACCUCUCCCUCCCCCAUCCCACAGCCUGCGUCCAGCGGUGGCCGUCCCCCACCAUCGACCUACCAGGGCCAGGGCAACGUGCCAAACUUUGGCAGCUUUGGGGAUGCCGGUGAUGCCAACGCACCUCUCGGACCCGGUCCUCAACACCUGCGUCGCGAAUCGUCGCAGUCCACCCACAGCGAUAUGAGCAACCACAUGGGCAGUGGACCUGGACGCGGUGGCUACCCUCAUCAGGGUGGCCGCGGUCGCGGAUACUCCCAGUCUGGCUACCAGGGCCAGAUGCCAUACUCGCCGGGCCCGAAUUUCCGGCAAACGCCCAACCAGCCCCGAGGCGGACCGAAUAUGGGCCCUCAGUUUCACGGCCCUAAUCAGGGUCGUCCGCUGGCUCCCUUCCCGAACUCGCCGCACCAAGCGAACCGCAGCCCAGCGCUGGCCAACGCCCACCCGACGACUCCCCAGAUGAACCAGGUCCCCAUGGCCCACCCCCAGAUGCCUCCGCAGCCAUACGGUGCCUACGGCCAACACAUGGGUCCCCAAACUGUGAGAAACCCACCCUCUUUCCGUAAUACCCUGAAACCCGCCCGGCGUGGCAAUUUCCCAAGGAACAAAGCCCCUCGGGCGGCCUUGUUCCACCAGAACCUCCCCAUCCCGGAUCUUGCACCUGAGAGCGGCCAAUUUGAACGUUAUCUGACAAUGAUGAAAACCAAUCAGGGAUACCCCCAGGCUUACGAUCCCAAUUACGGCUACUACAACCCGGGCUAUGGCAUGCAGCAGAUGCAGUACAUGACCCCGCCGUCUCCUCAGCCCCGUCCUGGCAUGCCCUACAAUGGCCAAGGUGCUUACAUGCAGGGCCAGUUCCAGCCGCCGCCGCAGUCGACUCCGCUCUCGCGCACCCCAUCCCAAGUGUCUACUGACCGUCCAGGAUCGAGUCUCGGCCAGGGUCAAGGACCCGCUGGUCCUCCUGCGCCCGGCCACACUCACACCGCCAGCAGAUCGUCUAACAGCCCGGCUCCUGCGAAGCCGAACUUCGUCAUUCCUUCCGCCAAGAAGAGCGCCGCCAUCGUCAUCAAAGACCCUGGUAGCGGUGCCGUGAAGACGUUUGAGAAGACUCCCGCCUCUCCGGCUCGCGCUACUCCUUCCCCUAUCAAGAUUUCCACUCCCACGUCCACUCCUCCGCCACGCACAGCCAGCGCCACGGGCCACGCUCGCUCCGAUAGCAAGGCAAGCAGCGCCAAGACUGACGAGGAGAAGAAGCAGGAGCUCAAGGAUGCCGUUCGUCAAAAGAUCCUGGCAGACGAGAAGCGUGCCGCCGAGGCUGCUGGAAAGGAACCGGCUGAACCCGCCAAGGCGAAGAAUGAUGAGACCGAGUCCAUUCGUGCUGCCGUGGAGGAUCUCAGCUUGAAGGAGAAGGCAGCUCCUGCCGAGGAACCGAAGAAGGCGCCUGCCCCUGCGCCCGCCGAUGACGACGAAAUCGACUACGACGCCAUUGAACGCGAGCUGGAAGAAGUCGAGCGCAAGGAACGCGAGGCCGAGGAAGACUACAACCGCAAGAAGGCCGCCCAGAAGGAAGAGCGCGAACGCAAGGAGCGUGAGGAGCGUGAGGCCUACGAGAACAACAUGAAGGCCGCUGAGCGCGAGGCCGAAGAGCGUGAGCUUGCCCGUGAGGCUGCUCGCGCCAAGGGUGGUGAUGUCGACGACGAGUCCAGCCGCAAGGAGCGCGAGGACCUCUUUGCCUCCCUCAAAAAGGGUGGAUUCACUGCUACCGAGACUUCUACGCCUGGAGACAGUGGCACUGCCACUCCAGUUUCAUCUGAUAUGUCGUCCAUGGGCCCGCCCGCGAAACCCGCCAGUGCUGCCGCCAAGGGCAAGCCCGGCCCGCUCAAGCUCGAGACAAAGACGGAGCCCGAGAAGCCCAGCGCGGCCAUGAAUGCUCUGCGCAAUGCUAAGUUCCUCGAGGAUCUUAGCAAGGUCACCUAUCCUUCUUCGAUCACCGCGCCCAACCCGGCUCUCAACGCCAGCGCGCCUGCUGGUCGCCGGUUCCACUACGACAGAGACUUCCUGCUCCAGUUCCAGACUGCGUACAAGGACAAGCCUUUGGUAGAUUGGGAUCUUCGCGUUCGGGAGACUGUUGGUGACGCUGAGUCUUCGUCGCGUCCACAGUCUGCUCGGACUCCCAGCAUGGGCGGCCGCACCGCCUCGCGCGGCGGUAUGGGCCCUACUGGCUUCAUGGGCAACUUUGGCCAGCCUGCUCGUGGCGCCCUGCCUCCCGGAACCACCUCGGACCAGCGCUUCAACGCCUCGAUGGGACGCGCCCCCUUCGGUGCUAUCCCCCGCCCCGGUAUGGGCAGCAUGGGUUCUCCUGCCAUGAGCCGCAACAGCUCUACUGGUAUGCCGGGUCGUGUUGCUAGCGGUCGUGGUGGCCCUCGCACCGGCAGCAAGCGCGACAAGCACUCUGCUAAGAAGGAAGAGGACUCGAACAAGUCCAUGCCUCUCACCGCUGGUAUGGAUCUCAAGGCUCUUGUACCAAGUAGCACUGGUUGGAAGCCUCGCAGUAUUGGUCAGCAGGCUGGUCCAGCUCUUGGUGGAGAUGGUCACAUGCCUCCUGAUGUGGUUCAGCGCAAGGUCAAGGCCGCUCUCAACAAGAUGACUCCCGAGAAGUUCGACCGCAUUGCGGACCAGAUUCUCGAGAUUGUUUCCCAGUCCAAGGAUGAGUCGGACGGCCGCACCCUGCGACAGGUCAUUCAACUCACCUUCGAGAAGGCCACAGAUGAGGCUCACUGGGCGCCCAUGUACGCCAAGUUCUGCAAGCGCAUGCUCGAGCACAUGAGCGCCGAGAUCAAGGACGAGAACAUCCGCGACAAGAAUGGCCAAGUCGUUGCGGGCGGCAGUCUCUUCCGCAAGUACCUGCUUAACCGCUGCCAGGAGGAAUUCGAGCGCGGCUGGAAGGUCAACUUGCCCCCACAACCCGAGGGCACGACGGAAGAGAUAGCCAUGAUGUCCGACGCGUACUAUACCGCUGCGGCUGCCAAGCGUCGUGGUCUUGGUCUCGUCAAGUUCAUUGGUGAGCUGUACAAAUUGGGCAUGCUUACUGAGCGUAUCAUGCACGAGUGUGUCAAGAAGCUGGUCGACUACGAGGGUAUCCCCGACGAGGCUGAGGUUGAGAGCUUGACCAGUCUCCUGCGCACCAUCGGUGCCAGCUUGGAUAGUUCGGAGAAGGGACCUGCCAUGAUGGAUGCCUACUUCGCUCGUAUCGUGCUCAUGAUCGAUACUCCAAACCUGCCCAGCCGUCUGAGAUUCAUGCUUAUGGAUAUUGUCGACCUGCGGAAUAACCGCUGGGUCUCCAAGGAUUCCGACAAGGGUCCUAAGACCAUCCAACAAAUCCGUGAAGAGGCUGCUCUCGCUCAGCAAGCGGCCGAGAUGGAGCGCGCGCGUCAACAGGCCAACCGCGGCGGUGGCGGCGGCCGUCCGACCAUGGGUCGUGGCGAUGCUCGCGGCUUCGGCGGUUACGGCAACCAGGCUCCUCCGCCAGACUACGCCUCGAGCAAGGUCGGCAGCGACGACCUCCGCCGUCUGCGCGCAACUCGCAACACCAACCAACCUCCAUCGUUCGGCCCGUCCAGCCUUCUCGGCUCGCGCAGCAGCAGUGGUCGCAAGACUCUGGGACCGGGUGGAAACCUAGUCCGGGGCAGUGAUGACAGUGCUGCUAGCAGCCGCACGGGCACUCCUCCUGCCGGAAAGAAGGAAGACAAGGAGGCCGCUUCGUCGAUGAACGCUUUCAGCGCACUCGCGGCUUUAGAAGACAAGGACAACAUGGCGACCUCGCCCCCGUCAAACCCGACGUCCCCGAACCUCACCAAGUCGCAGCCCGCCGCAGCAGCGACGGCAGCGGCCGAGCGCAGACCCUCCAAAACGCCUUCGAAGGAUGGCGAGAACGCAGCAUAG